AUCUAUAUGGUUUCUGUGUGAUGCAUUUCGAUGGAGCCCUAGCGCUGCUGUUUUCUCUCGGGAGCCAUUGUUGAUUUGCGACUCUGACCGAGCUCUCGGAAUGCAGAAACCCAUGGAAAGCAAGUCAAUCUAACAUCUAUGCACCACUCUUCUUCAAGGCAAAGAGCCAUGACUAUGGGAAAUGUACCUGCUGCAAAUAUCCAAGGGGCCACUACACGAGUCACUAGAGCACGUGCUAAAGUGUUGGGUGCAUCAAGGGGUUUGCCACCGCGACAUCCCUUGGUGAAACAGGAUCACAAGCAGGCCCUUCAACCAAAAGCUAAAAGAGCAUCAUCAGAUAACAAGUCUGCUACUGAUGUUGCCUCCAAUGUCCCGGCCAAGAGAAGGGCUGUUCUCAAGGAUAUCACCAACAAUCUCUUCGAAGAUUCCAGCAUAAAAGUUUCCAACGGAAUUAAAGAUCAGACUAGCAAGCAGGUCAAAAGAUGUACUGGCAAGAAGAAUGGGAGGGUGGCACCGUCUCUUCCUGUGGACCCUCAGAUUCAGAAGAGAAAGGAAAAAGCAUCAGAAAGUAUGACCAAACAGAGUACAAAGGAGUUACUUAAAAUAACUUCACAACUAAAAUCAGAAACAGAUGGUGCAGUUAUAUACAAAAAUCCAAGUAUAGGAGAAAGCAAGACUACCAGUGAAGUGGAAGCCUCAAAAGACCAGUCCAUUAUUGACAUUGAUUCUAAGCACAAGGGUCCUCAGAUGUGCAGCUUAUAUGCUGCAGAAGUAUAUAGCAGUUUACGCACGGCAGAGCUUAAGUGGAGGCAUUCGGUUGAUUAUAUGAAAACAGUGCAGCUGGAGAUAUCACAAGAAAUGCGUGGUAUUCUUAUUGACUGGCUUGUGGAGGUUUGUGAAGAAUAUGGGCUAGCUUCGGAAACAUUUUACCUUACAGUUGCUCUCAUUGAUCAGUAUCUCUCUAAGAAGUGCAUUGGAAAACGAAGACUCCAAUUGCUUGGUAUAACCUGCAUGCUUAUUGCCUCGAAGUACGAAGAAAUUUGUGCUCCACGUGUUGAAGACUUCUGUUUCAUCACUGACAGCACCUACACAAGAGGAGAGGUAUUGGAGAUGGAGCACACAAUACUGGAUCUAUUGAGCUUUCAGCUAUCUGUUCCGACUACAAGAAAGUUCCUUAGGAGAUUCCUUUUAGCAGCACAAAGUUCUUAUAUGGCUCCAGUUAUAGAACUUGAAUUCCUGGCCAACUAUUUAGCAGAGCUAACUCUAAUUGACUACAGUUUCCUAAAGUUCCUACCUUCCCUCAUUGCUGCCUCAGCCAUAUUCUUAGCUAAAUGGACACUUGAUCAGGAUGAAGAUCCAUGGAAUGCUACGUUAGAACAUUAUACUGGUUACAAGGGAUCGGAACUAAAAGUUACAGUUCUGGCCCUCCAAGAACUGCAACUUAACAAUGCAGCCCCUCUCCAUGCUGUACGCCAAAAGUACUCGCAACAGAAGUACAAAGGUGUUGCAACGUUAACCUCCUGCAAACCUGUGAAAGCGUUGUUGUAGUAACGUUCAUGUUGUUGAUGUUUCGACGUACAACGAGAUAAAUUAUCCUCGGAGAUCUUCUUGUCACACUUGGAUAUCUGUAGCAUUUGUUGUUCCAUUUAUCCACUUAAAUCUGUUGUAAUCAAUUCAGAUACUUCUACAGUUGUUUGAUUAAUGUCUCAAUUAUAUGCGAUUUUGAGC